AUAUAAGCAGGUUCCCACAGAAGAACUGGUCACACCUCGACUAACUCCUUUGGUUUUUCACUCGCCUUAGACAAGCGCAAGCCUAAUCAGAACCAGAAAGAUGGCCGUUGCCGCUAUGCUCGCUGCAGCUGAUGUGGAUGCUGCUAUUGCUGCCUGCCAGGCUGCUGACUCCUUCGACUACAAGUCCUUCUUCGCCAAAGUCGGUCUGACCGCCAAGUCCUCUGAUGACGUCAAGAAGGCUUUUGCCAUCAUUGACCAGGACAACAGCGGCUUCAUUGAGGAGGAGGAGCUGAAGCUGUUCCUGCAGAACUUCAAGGCCGGUGCCAGGGCUCUGACCGAUAAAGAGACCAAGGCCUUCCUUUCUGCUGGUGACAGUGAUGGUGAUGGCAAGAUUGGAGCUGAAGAGUUUGCUGCUCUUGUAAAGGCUUAAAUUUUCAUCUGACCAAGACCCUUCCAAAUUCAAGGAACCAGAACUCACGACAGCUCACACCUUUCUCAACUGAACUUUAUAUAUAUAUAUAUAUAUAUAUAUAUAUAUAUAUAUAUAUAUAUAUAUAUAUAUAUAUAUAUACAUAUAUAUAUACAGUAUAUCUUAUUAAUGAAUGACUUAUGGACAGUUUACUCAAUAUUGAGAACGAUGUCUGGAUAGGGUAUUGCUUGUGAAGUUUGAUUUCAAGCCCAUUGGCUUGUGCAAAUGUACAAUCUCAAAUGCACUUCUGGGGAAGAGUGAAAAGCAAGGAAUAAAUAUAGUUUUGGUGUAACACA